UAUGUUUUCUUUUCAUUUCGUAUAAGAGAAAGCAAAGCGUAACAAAGUUAAAAGAGAAUUUGCAGAGCUCUCAGAUUUAGCAUUUCUUAGAAUUAACACUUUUGGUACUAUCAAACACACAACACAAACAAAACUCUUUCUAUUCAAAACCAACCCACUGAGUAGUAAUUUCCAAAAUGCCUGGGAGUUUAGAGCCGUUGGAUUUGGGGGUUCAGAUUCCAUACCAUUUCAGGUGUCCGAUUUCGCUCGAGCUUAUGUGUGACCCGGUCACCGUCAGUACCGGUCAGACUUACGACCGAGCUAGCAUCGAGUCUUGGGUCGCUACCGGCAAUACUACGUGUCCGGUUACACGAGCUCCACUCACCGACUUUACUCUUAUCCCCAACCAUACUCUCCGUCGCCUUAUCCAGGAUUGGUGUGUCGCUAACCGCUCUCUUGGGGUUGAGCGUAUUCCCACUCCCAAACAGCCUGCUGACCCGGCGCUGGUUCGCUCGCUACUCACUCAGGCUUCGUCCGAGUCCAACGCGACUCACUCGCGCCUCACCGCGCUUCGUCGGCUCAGGGGACUCGCUCGUGACUCGGACAAGAAUCGUUCCGUUAUUUCCUCUCUCAACGCGCGGGAAAUACUUCUGCAAGUUGUGUUUGCCAAUAUGGACUCCGAGUUGAGCCACGAGUCGCUCGCGCUACUCGUCAUGUUCCCGCUCGGUGAAUCGGAGUGCGUUUCGGUCGUUUCCGAUUCGGACCGAAUCGCUUACUUAUCGCGCUUGCUUUUCCAUUCCUCGAUCGAUGUCCGAAUCAACUCGGCCGCGUUGAUCGAAAUCGUAGUCGCCGGGACUCGGUCGCCGGAGCUCCGAGCUCAAGUCAGCAAUGUCGACGAAAUCUUCGAAGGCGUGAUCGAAAUCAUGAAGAAUCCAAUCUCUUCGUAUCCGCGCGCACUCAAAAUCGGCGUCAAAGCCUUAUUCGCCUUGUGCUUGGUGAAGCAGACUCGUACCAAGGCCGUCUCAGCCGGAGCAGCCGAGACUCUAAUCGACCGUUUAUCCGAUUUCGAAAAAUGCGACGCGGAGAGAGCGCUCGCAACAAUCGAAUUGCUGUGUCGAGUUCCCGCAGGAUGCGCAGCCUUCGCGGCGCACGCGCUCACCGUUCCUCUACUAGUGAAGAUAAUACUGAAGAUCUCCGACCGCGCAACCGAAUAUGCUGCGGGAGCUCUUCUCUCGCUCUGCUCCGAAUCGGAGAUGAGCCAGAGAGACGCGGUGGCCGCAGGAGUACUAACUCAGUUGCUAUUGCUAGUACAAAGUGAUUGUACGGACAGAGCGAAGAGAAAGGCUCAGCUGUUAUUGAAGCUUCUUCGGGAUUCGUGGCCCGAAGAUUCUAUCGGAAAUUCGGACGAUUUUCCUUGCAGUGAAGUUGUGAUACGGUUUUGUUGUUCUUAGAAUGAAAAAAAAAAAAAAAAAAAAA